AUGCAGCAACCAAACGGACAGUGGACAUGCCCUUACUGCCAAAAAACUUUCGUGCAGAACUCCAACUUUAAGAACCACGUGCGGACGCACUCGGACGAGCGACCGUUCGUUUGCGACAUCUGCAGCAUCGGCUUCAAGGAGAGGUACCACCUGAAGAAGCACAUCCUCUUCAAGCACACCAACGAUAUGAAGGAGACCUGCAAGAUUUGUGGCAAAAGUUUCAAAGAUUCGACGGCGGUGAGGGCUCACGAGAGGAUCCACAGCGAGGCCAGACCCUACGGUUGUGGUCUCUGCGGCAAAACUUUUAAGACGAGCGAAUUGCACCUGAAGAAGCAUCACCUGUAUAGGCACACGAACGAGUACCCGUGUGAGUGCAGCAUCUGUGGCAAGAGGUUCAAGGAUACCUCGGCUGUGAGAUUGCACGAAAGAAUUCAUUCAGACGAUCGGCCCUUCAGGUGCGAGUGUGGCAAGAGUUUCAAGACGAACGAAAAUUUGUGGGGCCACAAG